AAGGUUUUACCCGUUGACUUUCUGCUGCCCUUAGGCGGGACACUUAAUCCAGUCUAGACAAUGUUCUAGUCUCUGAGGGAGAAGAUCACCUCAGCCACUAACAGAAGAGCCAGCGACUCUGAUCCUGGAGUUUCCCGACCUCAGAAUGUCUCAGCCCCAAACUAAGGAUGACCCCAGUCAGGCCCCCCAUUUUACAGAUAAGGAGGCUGAGGGCCAGCGAGGGCCUAUGACUUGCCUCCUGACUGCUCCCUGAAGCUUUUCAUCAUUCUGGGCCCCGUGGUGUAUCGCCUGUUUGGUGCUUCAGAGAAAGAGCAAAUGCCCACUUCUGUCCAAAACAGGGCCCGGUGUGUGGCUUGCUGAGGACUGUUAUUUAUUUGGCCCUGCUGGUAAUGACGGCUCCUCACCUACUUGCCCCAAUCCGAGGAGGAGCCCUGGGCUGGAAUUUCCUGUUUUCUGAGGGCUCCGGGGGCUGCCCCAGCAGGCCGACUCCCCUGGUGCCGCCGUUCCAGGGUGUUCCAGGCCAGGCUUGCCGCCUCUCCUUGCGGGGCUGGCUGCAGGCCUCUCCAGGUCUGGGCUUGCCGGCUGCGAGGUGGAAGCGUUGAGGGACUCCGUCGCCCGACACCAGGUGCCCAGAGGCCGGAGGUCCGUGCGCCCCGGCCGCGGCCCCGGCCCGGGCCCAGCCCCGCGCCCCUCGCCAUGGGCCUGGCCCUUGCCCGCGGGCCCUGAGCAUGGAGCGGGGCUGGCCGCCCGGGGACAGUUGCAGCCGGGAGCGGCCCGCCGCCUGCCGCCGCGCCCUCAGCGUCUGCGACUCGCUGGACCUGCACGGCGCCCCGACCGGCCGCGCCGCCGUCGCCCUCCAGGCCGCCCUGAGCGCCGCGCGCGAACAGCCGGCGCGGCCGCGGAGCGUGUGCUCGGGAGGCCCGGGGCCGCCGCCCGCCGGCGCCCGCAGCCUGCUGCUCGGCCUCCUGCGCCCGCGCCUCGGCCGCCGCGGCCCCGCCGACGGCCGCCCGCAGGCUCCGGGGCCCGCGCCUUCGGGGCUCCCCGGUUCGGCCGCGCCCAGCCCGGCGCCCAGCCCCGCGCCCAGCCCCGCGCCGGCCCGGCGCAGCCGCACGCGGGGGGCCCAGGAGCCGCGGCCGCGGCCCACCAGCAUGACGUUCCUGGAGGUGAACCGCCUGGAGCUGGCGGCGGCCGAGGGCGCGGGCGCGGGGCUGGGCCGCGCGGGCAGCGCGGGCUUCUUGCGGGGCGCCUCGCUGUGGAGCAGCCAGCGCUGGCAGGUGCUCCGCGGCGGCGGCGGCGGCGGCGGGCGCGGCGCCCCGAGUCCCCGGCGCGGCCUGUCGGCGCUGAGGAAGAGUUUCAGCUUCCGCCUGCGCCGCGGCCAGGAGAUCCGGCGUGCCGAGUCGGGGCUGCUGCCCCGGGCGCGCACCCGCAGCGACGGCGACGCCAGCUCCCUGGGCGCCUUCCCCAGCCGCCGCGACCUGUUGCUGGGCGCCGAGGCCCCGCGCGCCGCGCCCGAGCCCGGCCGGCCCCGCACCGCCGCCGGCCUCUGGAGACUGCUCACCAGCCGCUUCCGCCGGAGGGAGCCCGCGCCCGCCGAGCCGCUGUGGAGCCGCCGGGCGGCCGCGGCCCCCGGGCUCCUGGGCGCGCCCAGCGACUCCUUUGUGAACAGCCAGGAGUGGACCCUGAGCCGCUCGGUGCCGGAGCUUAAAGUGGGCAUUGUGGGGAACCUGUCUAGUGGGAAGUCGGCCCUGGUGCACCGCUAUCUGACAGGGACGUAUGUCCAGGAAGAGUCCCCUGAAGGGGGUCGGUUUAAGAAGGAGAUUGUGGUGGAUGGCCAGAGUUACCUGCUGCUGAUCCGAGAUGAAGGAGGCCCCCCUGAGCUCCAGUUUGCUGCCUGGGUGGACGCGGUGGUGUUUGUGUUCAGCCUGGAGGAUGAAAUCAGCUUCCAGACCGUGUACAACUACUUCCUGCGGCUGUGCAGCUUCCGCAAUGCCAGCGAGGUGCCCAUGGUGUUGGUGGGCACGCAGGACGCCAUCAGUGCCGCAAACCCCCGGGUCAUCGACGACAGCAGGGCCCGCAAGCUGUCCACAGACUUGAAGCGCUGCACCUACUACGAGACGUGCUCUACCUACGGGCUCAACGUGGAGCGCGUCUUCCAGGACGUGGCCCAGAAGGUCGUGGCCUUGCGGAAGAAGCAGCAGCUGGCCAUUGGGCCCUGCAAGUCACUGCCCAACUCCCCCAGCCACUCGGCAGUGUCCGCUGCCUCCAUCCCGGCCGUGCACAUCAACCAGGCCACGAAUGGCGGCAGCAGCGCCUUCAGCGACUACUCAUCCUCAGUCCCCUCCACCCCCAGCGUCAGCCAGCGGGAGCUGCGCAUCGAGACCGUGGCGGCCUCCUCCACCCCCACACCCGUCCGCAAGCAGUCCAAGCGGCGCUCCAACAUCUUCACGAUAUGUGCCACUGUUUCCAACUUUUCAUCAACAAAAAGGCCUUUCCAACUCCUUCCAAAUUAGAAGACCAGGUGGUGACACACAGCACCUCUGGACAUUCUCCCCUGUGCGGGGCCGGAGGCGGGCCGGGCCUUGGGACUGCUCUCAGAUGAGAAGCGGCCGCCGUGCUCCCCACUCCAGAGACCCACAGGAACCUUUGUAACUAACCCCCACCCCCAGGGAAGGCUAGGAACGCUGGAGCCCGCGGCUGGGGGCUGCCGGGGGACCAGGCCCGGCUGGACGCGCUGCGCCAGGCUCGCUGCAUGGAGAAGAAGGGAGCUCGGCCCCACGCCCGGCGCCCCGGGCCAGCGCAACGAGGCCCCCGAGGGGCGGGGGCGUCCGAGCGCCCGCCCCGGCCCAGCUGCUCCUGGGGGGAGCUUUCCCGCCCCUCCCUCCUCUGCUCCUUCCUGCAUGGACUCCUGCCGUUCCUGCUCCGCUCCGGACGCCACGCCCACGCCGCGCGCGCUUGCCUUUCCCCCUCUUGGCCCCUCCCCGUUUCCUAGGAUCCGCAUUGGGGCGGGCUCUGCCCCAGGAGCCUGGCAGGGGCGCAGGGCCUCUUUUGGCCUCUCUCCUCUCUCUCUCCAUCCACUGUGCCCCUCGGGCCUCGCCGACCGCGCUCGGUGCAACGUGCCGUGUGGUGUCUGUGCCGCAGACGGGCCCCUGCCCGCUCACUUCUGGACUUGGCUCUCCCCGGUUCUCGUGCCCUGUGCUCCCAGCCGUCCCUCAGCCCCACCGUCCACCUCUCCUCGCCCCUUCCCUUCUCUUACGCCCCAGCCCCCUGGGCUGCGCGCUCCUUGCGCCCUCGGUAUUUCGUGUCCUUGCUCUUUUGUAAGGGACGGGCCUGGCUCAGUGACCUGUGCUGCUCUGUAUGGUGCCGUGUGUAAGAAUAAACCCGUUGGAAUACUCGUGGUCUCAGUUCCUUCCCGGUCCCGCCGCCCCGGCCCCGCCCCCACUGCUAGGGCCUGCCCAGGAGGAGGGAGGAGGGGAGGGCUGGGGAGUCCAGGCGGGCAGCUGUCCCCCGUGGGCCCUGCGCCCCUCUAACACGCCUCCUCUUUUCUC